UUCCUCAUCUCUAUGAAUAAGUUAACACUAUAACAUUAAUAUCGGGACACCUUGGGGCCAUAAAGAUAUAUUAAUAUUCCGACGAUACACCAUAACAUUCUAAGGCUAUUACAACACUCUUCAUCGAACUCCAGCAAAUUCGUAGCCUUACUAUCAUUAAUACUUCGGUAACCAUGUCGAUCAUGAACCCAUGGGAAGAAAGUGCUCUACAAUAUCACUAUCAAGAUGGCAGUAAUGCGGUUCCUACAUAUUCGAUACCAUCCGGCAUUCCUAUGGGGUCAAAAGACACGGUACAUGACUCUAUUAUAUACCCUGGACUAUAUGCCCCAAGCGGCUUCGAUAUGAUGAGCAUUCUCAUCCGGGUCAUGCAAAGGCCCAAUCCGGUUAUCGAACUUGGAGCCAUCGACGCCUCCUGUGCACUCGUCAUGUGCGAUCUACAACAGACGGAUUUCCCUAUAGUAUAUAUAUCAGAUGCCUUCACGGAAUUAACUGGAUACACAUCUUCUGAAGUCAUUGGGCAAAACUGUCGGUUCCUGCAAGCACCUGGGGCAAAAGUCCGGAAACAUUCUUCUCGCAAAUACGUGGAGAAGGACCUAGUUAAGAAAAUGCGACGCGCGGUCGAAUCGAACAAAGAACUCGCCAUCGAAGUGACCAAUUUCAAGAAGAGCGGGAAGAAGUUUGUCAAUUUGUUGGCUAUGGUUCCGGUUCAUUGGGAUAGCCUCACACCCCGGUAUUCCGUCGGCUUCCUAGCUGAGAAAACAUGGUAAACGACGGAAACCCAUUACAAACCGACAACAUCGAUCCCCGAGAAUAAAACUACAAAAUUACAAAAUCACAAAAUUACUGAGGGAUUGAAGGAUAAAAGCGAAGGGCGUUUGGAGUAUGGAAUUUCCGAUUCUAAAGAUGAUACCCCGUUACCGAAGCCGGAUGCUUUCAGGCAUCUACAUUA